AUGUCUUGGGACGCCAAUAUUACCCACGUAGAUUUCGACUGGAACGAGGCUGUGGGUGCUAGCAGCAACUUGCACGCCUUGGCUAGCCCCCUCGAGCUUUUACACACUCUACCGCUUGAGCCAACGCCGUUGAAUUCCGAACUACUUCAGAUAUACGUCAAAGUUAUAUCUCGAUUCAAGUCUUCGCUAGAUGGCGAUCCUGACUUCAACGCACCAUUCCAUAAAUACUACCUGCCCUUUUGUCUACAAAGCCCACUCCUGGCGCGCGUUUCUAUAUACACUGCAGCCUGUUUGCUGAGUGAAACAAAUCAUCUGGAUAAAACAAUCACCAUGUGGAUCAAGGGUUCGGCAAUCCGCUUACUGAAUGACCUCCUACGCUCUGAACGGUUUGCAACAGGCGACGAGGCCAUUGCAGGGGUUGCCCAAUUGAUCGCAGACGAGUGGUAUUGGGGAGACACCCAUGAUUUACGCGCGCACCUGGAAGGAAUGCGACAGAUGAUCAAGCUCCGCGGUGGAUUUCGGAACCUUGGCUUGAAUGGGCUACUCAGUAAGAUGGUGAUUAUGACCGAUUUCUGCAUCGCGAUAACAUUCGAAGAACCGCCUUACCUUCAUAAUGGCGCGGAAUUUGAAUUCUCUGAUACAAAUCCGGGGCCGUUCAAGAUUGCUCACAAUACGCCGCUCCUUCCAUCCAUUGAUACUUUCGCAAGUUGCGCGGAUGCUUACAAGCUGCACCCAACCACCGCUUCUAUACUCGACGAUAUACGCUUCUUGAUUGCCACCAUCGUCGCACUCCAGAAAGAUGUUUCUUCCCAAGAAAACAAGAAGCUUCGAUCCACGGCGCAGUGGAUACAUGGCCGCAUCGCAGCCUUGCCCCCUGAUUCUCCCGAGUCAACUAGAUCGAGCUCCUCGUCAACCCCUGACUUAUCUGCAAGUUCCAACACAUCUCAAAACAGCACCCAGUCGACCCAACAAGCACGUUCUGACUUCCAACCGAAUAGCUUCGACAAACCCCCUUAUUGUCCCCAGCCCGAUUACCUAUACCAGUCCAUCCGUCUCGCAGCCCUUAUCUACACCUCUGCCAUCAUCGCCCGCAAACCCUUCAGCGAGUCGUGCUCCCUGCAAAAGUUGUACGAGCUCUGGAAGACUGUGUGGCGGGUUCCCCUGGCCACGUGGAAGUCCAUGCUCGGAAUUUUCCUCUGGAUCGAGGUGGCCAUCACCCCCCCGGCCAGAGAUACACCUCACGGCAGGUUCGUCAAGUCUAUGCUGAGCGUUGCGGGGCUGAAUUUGGGGAUCGAGAAUUGGCAUGCUAGUAGUAAUGCGUUGAGGGGGGCUAUGAGGUUGCAGGCUUGGUUGAAUGAGGGGCGGGAAUAA